AUUAAAUAUAUUAAGCAAAACAAAUUAAGAAAUGGCAAAGGAGGCCACCAAAUAUUUUUUCAAUGAAGAAGACAAUAAUGGUGAUGAAUCAUUGGAAUCGAUCAUAUCUCAGCUACCUAAAGCCAAUAGUUUGUCAAAAUAUGGUGUAACCUUAUACCAAAAUUGUUGGUUCCAAUCCAAUAUGAUUCCCAACAUCAUCUCUUUCCAAAAACAAUUCAAAGCCGAAGAUGAAGAUAUAAUCGUGGCUUCAUUUCCCAAAUCAGGCACAACUUGGCUCAUUUCUCUUCUAUUUUCCAUUCUUAACCGCAACCAACACUAUGAUCAACACCCCUUGCUCUCCACAAACCCUCACGAUCUCGUGCCUUCAUUAGAGUACUCGAUUUAUUCAGAUCCCAAAUUCUAUGACUUGAGUACUAUGUCAAGCCCUCGUUUGGUCUCCACACAUAUGCCCUACACAUCUCUUUCUGAUUCUAUCAAGUAUCAUUCUAAGUCUCGUAUUGUCUAUAUUAGUCGAAACCCUCUUGAUGUCAUCGUAUCAUAUUGGUAUUUCGUAAACAAUCUUUCAGAGCGUAAUCACGACAUCAAUAAGUGCACUAUUGAAGAUUUUGUGGACAUAUUUUGUAGUGGAAAGAAUAAUUUUGGGCCUUAUUGGGAUCAUGUUUUAGGGUUUUGGAGAGCGAGUUUAGAGAAUCCCGAAAAAGUGUUGUUUUUGAAGUACGAGGAGAUGAAGGAGGAUACUAUUGGUCAAGCUAAAAGGAUUGCAAAGUUCAUUGGCCUUCCUUUCACUCAAGAGGAAGAAAAUAGUAAUGGAGUUAUGGACCAAAUAUUGGAGAUGUGUAGUUUUAAUAAACUAAAAGAUUUAAAUGUGAAUAAACAAGGCAAAUUUAAGCCUCACUUAGAUAAUAAAUUCUUCUUUAGAAAAGGGGAAACAGGUGAUUGGAUCAAUCAUCUUAGUCCAUCUAUGGUGGAGCGUGUGAGAAAAAUAACUCAACAAAAAUGGAGUGGUUCUGGUUUACCAUUAAUUUAGAUUUAAUUUCAAGUUUAUUUUAUUAUUAAUUGUGUCUUAUGUAUUAUUACCUGAGUUAUGUGUGUGCUUUGUAUUAUCAUUUAUGCAGUAAUUUGCUUUGUACAAUUACUUAUAUUAUAUAUAUAGUGCUUUUGCUUUGA